AUGGGAGAAAGCGACGCAUAUGUCGCUCUAGAUCGAGAGAUUGACUCUUCUGGAGAGUUCUGCAUAGGCCCCUCUUGCGAGCGAGGAUGGCAUACGCCGGAAGAAACAGCAGCUUCACGUUCUCACUUCAGCCCGGGACCGUGGCCCGAUUUAUCCUCCUUUGGAACCGCUCUUGUCGAACGAGAGCUUGCAUCUCUUGGAAAGCGCCUAUCUGCUGGAACACCUGGCGCACCACGCGGAUCCCUCGAUGAGCAGAUCGCUGUUCUCAAUAUGGCCAAAGAGGUCAUGUCUAGAAUCCAUGAGCGUACCCUUAUUGGGAAAGUAUCCGAACCCGUUUUGUGGCACACCGACCUCCACAUGGGUAAUAUCUAUGUUUCCGAAGAGAGCUCAGAGAAAAUAGUAUCACUCAUCGACUGGCAGUCCAUCGUAGUCUCGCCGUUGUUCUUGCAAGCACGCUUCCCAGAAUUUCUCUCAGUCGAUGAAGACUACCCUCUUGGUACUAUGGGGUUCCUAAGUUGCCCCCUAAUUUCGACGAGAUGGACACUGACAAUAAGAUAUUUGCCGAACACAAAUUGA